UAAGCGAAUUCACUUUUCUUUCAUUACAUAUUUGUGGUUGGCUCCAUAUGGCUAUGUCUUGGCUUAAGUCCACCGUCUCUAAUUAUCUUUUUGGCGCAUCUGAAGAGAUAAUUAAAGGAAAAAUUUAUCUUAACAACAAAUUGCUAAGUGAAAAUGGCAUUCUUUUUUUAAAUUCUUUUUCUGUUCCUUAUAAACAUGAACUAGUUUUAAAAGAGGGAGGGAAGUUACUAAAAUCUUUUUUUCUGAGAAAAAGUUUGAAAUUUCAAUGUUUUGAGUUGGAAAAUAAAAGCAACUUUUUUCAGUGGAUGGACGGGGCUGAUGAAUUUAAAUUUUUAGUUGACGAUACUGAACUAGAGAGAGUGCCCUACUUCGUAAAAAGUAUUCUUUAUCGAAUAUUUGAGUACGAAUAUCAAAAACCAGGAUCCGAGGCCAAAGGAUUCGAGAUGUCCCUUCUAGAGCGGGAUUUGCAACAGCACCCACCUAACGCAACUUCAAAUCAUAUAGUGGCAAAUAUUUCUUUGCGGGAGCAGAGUUCUACUUCCAUCUUUGAUAGUUAUAAUCGAACCUCUGGUGAUUUAUAUAAAUGGGAUCUUGUGGAAGAGCUCAACUGUUUGCUUGCACAGAAAGCCACUUUUUCCUUUAAAAAAUCUAAGGAACAAGAUUUUGCAACCCUCUUACAAAUUAUAAAAGAUGACAAAAUAAUUUGCUCAGAGUUGUGCACAUCAGCUUUAAAUCUUUGUACUAACAGAGGCUCAAAGACCAUUGGCUGGAACUCUUUCAUGGGAGGGCAGAUCUCCUUUUGGAGUUUCCAGUUUGUCGAUGAGGAGGGCUUUGACUGCUGUAACAAACUGUUGACUAAGUUUGUAUACGAAUACAACUUUCAACAAGAAUAUGAUCGCUUUGUGAAGAACGGAGAUACGGCUUACUUGACCUCCUUUUUAAAAAUGGAAGUGGAUGACCCUGCCAACACGCCCCCUAGCAGUGACGAGUCCGACGACGAUUCUGCGGGCUUCCGCGCAAGCGCCACCCCCUCCAAGUACGGGCUCUGCUCGCCUCACAAGAAGAACAUGCACCUUGUAGUCUCGUAUGUGCCUCUGCUUGCUUUCCUGAGGUUGCCACUGGCGUCUACUCACAGGAGAAACGUCUACGAUCGCGCCUUCGUCUCCCGCGGGAAUGAGAUUGCCAUCUUCUCGUCACUCGACAGCGAUGAUGCGAACCUGGCGUACUACGGGCAGUAUGCGGACAUCCGGGAUAAGUCUGGUAGUGUCCUGACGCCUCAGAAGUUAAUGCUUCAUCACAACGAUCGGGCCUUCCUAAUACUGAAUCAGGAUGAUCCGAGUCGAAUUCAUAAAAUGGACAUCGAGUAUGGCAAAGUCGUGGAUGAAUAUACACCAUACCACCAUAACAUUAUCGAACCUCAACCGGAAGACUACUUUCAGACGGUGGAUCUCAUCCCCACAGCCAAGAAGGACCACGCCAGCGAAACGUUUAUUGGACUGGGAAGGUCGCGCAUCUACCACGUGGAUCCUCGCGCACCAGACUGCCGGAUACCAGAUAAAGAAAUGACGCAAUACACGGGUUCGACUCAGCUGACCUGCGGCGCCACGACUCGGGACGGCUAUCUGGUGGUGGGAACGGACAAAGGUGAAAUAAAAUUGUUCACCGGGAAGGGCAAGUACGACAAGAGGGCAAAAACGGCGCUUCCUGGGCUUGGAGACCCAAUCAUCGGGAUCGACGUUACGACGGAUGGCAAAUGGAUCCUGGCAACUUGCGAGCAGUACUUGCUAGUGGUGUCCACUUUCUUUGCAAAGAACGCUAAAGAGUCGCUGGGUUUUGUUACUCCGAUGGGCUCUCAUAAACCCACUCCCAUCAAACUAACCAUUCAAGCAAAACAUGUGGCCCUUAUGAACGAAAAGCUGAAGUUCACGCGCGCUUGUUUCGACUUAAAUGAAAAGGGUGAGCGCUUCAUCGUUGCGAGCACGGGCCACUUCGCCAUACAGUGGGACUUCCAGGAUGUCCAGAGACGCAAGAUUACAAAUUACGUCAUAAAAAAGUUCAACGACGUAGUGGUUUCGGACCAGUUUACCCCCCAAAAUGACCGGCACGUCGUCGUGGCCACGCAGCGGGACAUAGGCAUUGCUUCUCGAGAAGAGUUUAAAACGCCGACGAAGAAGCGUCUGUCAGUGGUCAAUAGCCCAUACUAGCCCUUAAUAAAUAAAGUGACCGUAGCCUAAACCAUUCAUUCGUUUUUAUUAAGCGAGGAUAU